UUCUUAGAACUGCUUGCAUGCGCGCGCACAGAAACUUUCUAACAUGCCAACUUUUAUUCUUAAAUCCACUAGAUACUACACAUAACUAAGUCGAUGAACCUAGUGGAUUUACCACCUUUAAGUUGGUUUGCUAGGGGUUUCGCACGAUUAAGUCCACUGGCACUGCUGUUGUCUCCUUAUCUUAUCAUUUGUUCUGUGGUCAACUAAACAAAAUGGUGUCUUCGGAGGACCAGAAAAAGCAACUGAGGGGGGCAAUAAUAAACAACAGACUGGAAGAAGUCAAGAACAUCAUUACCAAAGGAUAUGAUCUAAACUCCCCUCUCUUUCAAUGGACUCCACUUACGUACGCCAUUACUUGCAAAAAUUUGGAAAUGAUUCAGUUGAUAUUAGAUAACCAGGCUGAUAUAAAUUUUGAAAGUCCCCAAAAAUAUGUGCCUUUAUACACUGCCAUUGACUACAACUGUUCACUCGAAGUCAUUCAACUCUUAAUCAACCGCGGAGCUGAUAUCAACCAACUUGGACGCAGUUUCUUCAAUGACAAAAUCAACACUCCCCUAUCACGAGCAAUCCAGAACAAUAAUUUGCAAGCCGCUCAUUUACUGGUCGAAAAUGGAGCUGACGUCCAUAAGCCAAACCCAGAUGGAACAACUGCUGGGUCACUUGCCCACGACCUAGACCGUGCAGAUUUCAUCAAAGAAAAGCCACCACAAGAAAACAAUGACAGUUUAAAAGGUUGCACGCCUCUGACUGCAGCCAUUCUGUCCGGGAAACUGGACGAAGCAAAGCUACUUCUAGAAUCGGGAGUGAAUUCCUGCAAGCCUGACUCCAACAAACAAACCCCACUUGUGGCCGCAGUCCGGUGUAAAAACCUCGAAGCUGUGGCACUCCUACUGUGUUACAAAGCGAAUUUAACAAUCCCGACUGCGUUUUUGGAGGCUGUUAACUUACAGUGCACCGAAAUUGUCAAAUAUUUGUUAGAAAAUGGGGCCAAAAUCAAUAAAACGUACCGCGAUGGUUCCACGCCGUUUAUCAAAGCGAUAGAAACGGAAAAUUUGGCAAUCAUUGAGGAGCUUUUGCACACUGGGGCCCAAGUGGACCUGGCUAAUAGAGAAGGAAAGACUCCUUUGGCUGUCGCAGCGAGUAAAAGAAAUAUUCUCAUUGUGAAUCAUUUGAUUGAGGCGGGAGCUAGCGUUAGUUUGGCACGCCAAGAGCUUGAAGAAUUUGCAAAUGAUGAUGAAGAUUUUGACUUGUAUUAUCAAGAUUUGGUGGAGCGAGGAGAACAGAUCGUGGCUCCAGUGUCUAACAGAGGUUUGCCACUUGGAGCCAACGCCACGGCAGACUAAUUCGAACAUUAGAGGCUGUGCAUCUUUAUAGCAAUAAUUUUUGGGUUUUCUCAAUGUAAAUUUAAUAAAUGUUUCUACAAGUUGUUUUGAA